AUGGAAACUAGAGACCGCAGCAAAAGGACAAAGAUCAUGGAGAACGAGUCUGAAGUUAUUACACCGGAGACAAGAAGCUGUAUCUACGAACACUUUGUUCCUCUAGAUCUGCUAAUCGAGAUCUUGAGGAGCUUGCCCUUGAAAUCUCUAGCUAGGUUUCUCCUUGUAUCCAAGUCUUGGGCAACAAUCAUCCGCAGUCGAGAUUUCAUCAGAUCGUUCUCGUUACAACACUCGCUUCUUAGUCAGCCUCCUCUACUCUUGGCAUGCAAAGCUUUAGAUGACCCAAACAUUUGGAGAUUCUUCUCCUCGUCUUCUUCAUCAGCAUCAGAACCACUCUCUCAUUUGUCUUUUACGACAUGCGCAAAUAUCACGAACCCGCAAAGCCGGUGCUGUUCUGUCGAUACGAAUCCUCGCUACGUUAAUGGCCUGAUAAGUCUUGGAUUUGGUCGAGAACAAAUGGUAUGUAACCCUAGAACAGGUAAGUCCAUAACCUUACCUAAAGUGAAAUCAAGAAAACAGAUUAUCCGGACCUUUUUCGGAUACGAUCCAGUAGAUUGUCAGCAUAAAUUGCUGUGCAUGUCUGAAAAAUCAUAUCUUCGCUCCGGUGAGCCAUCUUUUGAACAUCAAGUAUUCACAUUGGGAGGAGUUGAUACGUCAUGGAAGAUGAUUGAAUGCAGCAUUAUUCAUCGUCCACAAACUAACGGUGUGUGCAUCAACGGUGUUGUUUACUAUGGCGCUUGGAUGUGUACUCACUCGAGUGAUUACUGCUUAGUGAGAUUUGAUGUGAGAUCCGAGAAGUAUGGUCAAGUGGUGCAAUUUUCCAGUGAUCACUGCUCUCCAUCUUUGUUGAGCGAUCAAGAUUCGUAUUUGAUAAGUUACAAAGGGAAAGUUACUUUAGCCAUUAAGGGUAAACAGCUGAUGAGCUAUGAUUUGUGGGUUUUGAAAGAUGCUGAGAAACAUGAGUGGUCAAAGGCAAGAGAAGGAGACACAACAUUAGGGUUUAUGCUUUCAAAACCAAAGAACAUCAUGGAAAGUAGAUAUCGCAGCAAAAGGGCAAAGAUCACGGAGAAGGAGUCUGGAAUUAUAGACAAAAGUUUCGUUCCUCUUGAUUUGGUAAUCGAGAUCUUGAGGAGAUUGCCCUUGAAAUCUCUAGCUAGGUUUCUCCUUGUAGCUAAGUCUUGGGCAACAAUCAUCCGCAGUCGAGAUUUCAUCAGAUCAUUCCCGUACCAGUCUUCGCUUAUACAGCCUCGUCAUACUCUCUUGGCGUUCAAAUAUUUUGAUGAUAAGAAACAGAUUUGGAACUUCUUCUCGUCUUCUUCAUCAAUAACAUCAGAACCACUCUCUAAUUUACCUCUUACGACAAGCUUAAGUAUCACGAGCCGUUAUAGCCGGUUCUAUAAUGCCGACCAGAUUCCUCGUUACGCUAAUGGCUUGGUAAGUCUUGGAUGUGGUCAAGAACAAAUGAUAUGUAACCCUAGCACAGGUAAGUCCAUAGCCUUACCCAAAGUGAAAUCAAGAAAAAAAACUAUCCGGAGCUUUUUCGGGUACGAUCCGGUAGAUGAUCAGCAUAAGUUGUUGUGCAUGUCUGAAAAAGCUUAUCGUGGCCCUCAUCGGCCUCCAUCUUUUGAACAUCAAGUGUUCACAUUGGGAGGAGUUGACAAAUCAUGGAAGAUGAUUGAAUGUAACGUUCCUCAUCUUCCACAAACUAACGGUGUGUGCUUCAAUGGGGUUGUUUAUUAUGGUGCUUAUAUGGGUACUCUCAUGAAGGAAUGCUGCUUGGUGAGAUUCAAUGUGAGAUCUGAAAAGUUUGAUCAAGUGGUACGAUUUUUGGGUGAUCAUAGUCCUCCUCCACCUUUGUUGAGCUCCUUGCGCUAUCCUUCUAUGAUAAGUUACAAAGGGAAAGUAACUUUGGCCACUAGAUCGUAUGAACAAAUGAUGAGAUAUGAAUUGUGGGUUUUGGAAGAUGCUGAGAAACAUGAAUGGUCAAAGGUAUGUAUCUCUAUUCAACAUCCUUUGAUAAAUUCAUCAAUGUGGCAGCAGUUACGCAUUGGAGGUGAUAGUAGUCGUACGGGGGAGAUUGUUUUGUCUUUAACUAUCAAGGAUUUUUUUGUAUUGUCUACUACGAUCACGAGAAGGAUUUAA